UUGCGAUCUUUUCAGAAAGCCAGUUUUGCUUUUGGCUUGCAGUCGAUCGCUGCUUGCGUUUGGCGAUCAAAGCGUUUUCGCAACUCUCGCGACUCGGACGUUUCUUAAAUCAGCGGAAGGGAAAAUGUCGGAAGCGGUGCGAGAUGCUCUGGUGAAGCUCAAAGCUCAAAUCGGUGUAAUUGGCCUAGCAGCUCUCACGCCACUGCUCGUUUUGGCCGCUAUUUUGCAAAAGCUCUUCGCCACGAUCUUCUGCUGCCAAUCGCCGAAGAGUAUUUUGGGAGAAGUGGCUGUGGUUACAGGUGGUGGCCAUGGACUGGGAAGAGCUAUUUGCCUAGAGUUGGCCCACAAAGGCUGCAACGUUGCCGUGGUGGACAUAAAUCUUUCCGGAGCCGAGGCCACUGUUAAGCAGAUCCAGGACAGCUAUCAGGUUCGCGCCAAGGCCUACAAGGCAAAUGUCACUUCCUAUAAAGAAAUUGUUGAGCUAAACACCCAGGUGGUUCGUGAUCUGGGACCGGUAACAGUACUUGUGAACAAUGCCGGUGUAUUGCUGCUCCGAAAACCAUUGAACCCUGACCCCGCAGAUGUCCAGCUCAUGAUGGAUGUAAAUCUAACUUCGCAUUUUUGGACCAAAGCUGUUUUCCUGCCAAAAAUGAAAGAGCUACGACGGGGCUUCAUAGUAACUAUCGCCUCAUUAGCUGCCCUUUUCCCGCUGGCCUAUAGUUCAACUUACGCAUCCAGCAAAUCUGGAGCUAUGGCUCACAUGAGGGCGCUGCGCUUGGAACUGGCUCUGGAGAAACAGAAGAACAUCAAGGUGACUACCGUGUUCCCCACAUUCCUGCGCACCAAUGACGAGGUUAGGGAGCUUAGCAACAACAUCGGAGUCCGAAGUUUCUAUCCUCUGAUCAGCGGCGAGGAGGUUGCCCAACGGGUCGUUUCCGGGAUGCUGAGGGGCGAGAGUGAGAUUCACCUGCCAGGGCUGACCUGUAUCUUGUACAGAUUGCUCCUGGUCCUGCCCGCUGAUUGGCAGGAUUUGGCAGUUCGGGUUCUUGGGCGUCGUGUGUUUAAUUCUUUCCGCGAGAUACAAUCAUAA